AUGGCUGGUAGAAGACUGUUUUUGUGGGUGAGGCUGAUCUUAGCCAGAGUCGUUCGCAGCUCGACACCUUUUCUUCGAAGACUUAUGGUUAUCUUCGGAGCCUGUUUAGCCCGAAUAAGGGAGGUGGUGGCCAUGGCUGGUGCAGAGACUGGUCUUCUAGCCAUCUCCUUGAUCGUCCACCGUCGUCUUCACGCCCUGGAGCGAGCUUUGUGGCUGGGAGUCGUGCUGGCCAGUGUCAUUACCGCCCUGAUAAUUAGUAACGUCCAACUGGGUCGCUACUUCACCUCACCGACGGUGAUCUCCGUGGAUCGGGACUAUCGUGGUUGGAACGGAUCCCUUCCAGCUGUUACGCUGUGUUACUACGACCACAUCGACUCCUUCAAGGCCAAUGAGUAUAUCCAGGAAGUGUGGAACGUGUCCAUCAUCGAUGAGGAUUACUUUUAUUUCAUGGACUUCCUCUAUGCGGUGGUCAACGCCACCGCAGGGAACUACGCGGAGCUGGUCAAGUUUGCCGAGGAUGAGCGCUUCGAUUCGAUUGAUCUGUAUGAGAUGAUCACGCGAGUGGACCGACCCUUUGAACAGGUCAUCAGUAGCUUCGACGCCAAUUUCGAUGUCCACGUCCAGAUGGUGAUGACGGAGCGGGGAUCAUGCUAUGCCAUCAAUUCUCCCAUGUCGACGGUUCUCAGUGGCCAACCCGUUGCCUAUGAGUUGAUGCCUCAGCCCUUGUCCUGCCAAUAUGGCAAGCAGCAGUGCUACAUCCGAAUGGAUCUGUAUGAGAGUACGGGUGUGCUGGAUGUCCAUUCGCCGUUUGAAGUCUCAGCCUCAGAGGCGAACAUUGUGGCUUUGCACAAGUCCGACGAGAUAACUGCCUCGUUCAAGGUGCUGGAAACGGUGGCAUCGAAAAACUUACGCCAACUGAGCGUGGCGCAGCGCAAGUGUGUUUUCAACAACGAGGAGACAUCCAACCUGAAGAUCUACAGCAAAUCCUUGUGCCUCGCUAGAUGCCGUGCUGUAAUGGCUUUGGAAAUGUGCAACUGUGUACCAUUUUUCUAUCCUUAUGUGGAGGGACCUAGCUGCAAUCCGGCUGGAUUCGAGUGCCUGCUGGACUUCAAGUGGCCCAUCUGGGCGCUGCACAUCUGCAAGUGCCCCUCCACCUGCACCGAGAUCGAGUACACCAUGCAGACGGUGAAGAAGAGCUCCUGGGGCGUCAAGAACAACGAGGAGGUGGUCAGCAGCGAGACAGCCACCUCCAGCUUCCGCUGGGAUCUGAUUCCACCCAAGGUGAGACUGCGUCGGGAUGUGGUCUACAGUUUUGAGGAUUUGGUGGUAUCAUUUGGCGGUGUCCUGGCUCUUUUUGUGGGCGUGAGUGUGAUGGGUCUGGUGGAGAUGGGCCACGUGAUCAUUUACAAUCUUCUGCUGGACUUGUUUACAUUCCUCUGCUGGAUGUUUGCCAAAGUAAGGCAAUGUUACCAAAAAGGCAACCGCAAAUCGGUGGCGAACCGCAUCCAUAACCACGGCUUGGAGCACCACCACCAGCUGGAGGAGGAGCAGCAGCGUCUCUCUUUGGCAGACACCGCUGAACUGCCGCCGUUCGACUAUGUGAAUUGAUA